UCUAUCUUAAACGUGUUUCAUGCCUUAUGGAUCCUGAGGUUGGUCGUGUGGUUCAUCGGAACGCGAAUUUGAUUUGCAUCGCUUUAAAUUUGACCCAUAAUCAUGUCUUCAGGCAAGAAAGGGAAGAAGAAGAAGUGUAAAACUGUAGAUUUGAUGGCAUUCUUGGCUGAUGGGAGUGGAACACCCACUGUGCCAGUGAAACCAUCAAGCAGCUGGGCUGAUGAAACGGACGAAGAACAGGGAUUUACAUCAAGGAGCAACAAGGAGCCAUUAGUUCUACCCACAGCCCCUAGAGCCGCACGAGGACCUCGUGUUGCUGAUGAAGAUAUCCCUAUUAAUCCACCUUACGUAGCAUAUCUCACUAAUCUUCCUUACGAAGUGGAUGAAUCAUAUCUAAUUGAAUUCUUUGCAGACAUGAAGAUUGCUAGUAUACGUCUGCCAAAAGAGUCGAACAAACCUAAAGGAUAUGGAUAUGUAGAAUUCGAAGAUCGUCAGAGUUUAGUUGAUGCUCUAUGUUUAUCUAAUACACCUAUGAAGACAAGAAGAGUACGAAUUGAUGUUUCAAAUAGUGUUAACGACGAUCGUCGUGGGGGACGCAUGGGCAGAGAUAAUCGUAGAGACAACUAUGAUGAUUCUGAACGUACAUCCGGUGAUUGGAGAAGUGGUCCACGAGACGAGAACAUAGCGGGAGAUGGAGACUCGUACCGAAGUCGAUACGAUAAUAGAGAUCGAAGAGAGGAUCGUGAUACUUCUGAUUACGAUAAUAAGCCUGGUGCAUGGCGUGAAAGUAGCGACAGAGGAAGACCGACGUUCAAAGACAGAGGUGGUUUUAGAGAUGACGACAAAGAUAAAGAAUGGUCUCGCUAUGACAGAGGUAGUAGAGACAGAGAUGGAGAUAAAGGAAGCAGUUUUGGACCACGUCGUAACUUUGAUUCUGAUUGGAACAGAGAUGGUGCACGUAGUCAAGGAAAACCAGGCCUGGAUAGUAAACCUGAAGCAAGAAGUAGGCCGAAACUGCAACUACAGCCUCGUACAAAGCCUAUUGAUCCUAAUGCUGUGAAAGAUGAACCUGCAGCUCCAGCGGCAGCUGCUCCUGCACAUGUUCCCUCAACGAAUAUAUUUGGCGCUGCAAAGCCUGUAGAUACCACUGCCAGGGAGAGAGAAAUUGAAGAACGUCUUGCAAAAUCAUACGCGGAAUCGAAAUCCAAAGAAGAAGGCGAUUCAGAGAAACGCAGUACUAAGGAAGGGACUUGGGGUAAACGUAAUGGAGAGGGUCGCGAUGACAAAGAAAAAGAGAGAGGUCGACCAACUUGGCGAUCGGAGGAUGACAGAAAUCGACGAAAUGAAAGAUCAACACCGCGAAAUCAACCUACUCAGUCUGAUCAGUAUGGAGAUUCUAAAGGACAGCCAUCCUCUCGUGGUGGACCUCCAUCUUCAAAAGCCUUUCAAAAAUCAACUGAAUCUCGGGCUGCUGACAAAGAUCGAAAAGAUAGAGAAAAAGAUGAUAUCAGCAGAAUGCCAAAGGCAAAAGAUGAACAAGCUCCAAAUUUCGUAGCUUCCAAUAAGUAUUCCAUGCUACCUGAUGAUGUGGAUCCUGACAAUAUCAUCGAUGAUUAGUUUUAAUCAUUAUACAUCACCAAUUAAAUUGUGCCACAUGCAUCAUAAUUGGUCUAUAUAUGCAUAUUAUUAAUUUGUUUUAUCUCUAUGAAAUACUUAUCGAAUUGAAUGAUAAAUCAAACACUGAGCUCUUGGUAUUACUUUACAGGAAUUCUUGUUGAUUUGUAUUUAAUCUAUUUUAUUAUUCCUAAUAUAAUUAUCUAUCUACACAUGUAUUUACUUUAUAUUUCCAUAUGAAUAUUCAACAUCAUUAAGUCGAUGUGGAAAUUCGGAUAACAUUAGAAGGAUCAAUCAUCAUGAUGGUUUUUUUUCAUAUAUUUAAUUCUAAAGAUAAUUACACCCGUAAGACUUAGGAAUUGGGACUUUAUAUGUCAUACUUCACCCGCUGUACAGUUAUUGUACGAUAUGUAACUCAUUUACAUGUAAAAUAACAAUGCCAAUUUAGGAGAAAACAAUUAAAAUAAUAAGUGUAAUGGGAAUUUAAA